UUUCGUUUUCCUGGAAGGAUCAACCAUUAACUGCCCAUUAUUCGUUUCAGUGAUGGACGACGUGGCUGAUGAACGAUCAACGCUUAAAGAAUCUGAUGAUCCACCCUAUAUACGGAAGAAUCAGCCAAGAUUAUUGAGAAUUCUGAGAUGUUUCAGUGUAGAACCCAUCAUAAUCCUCUACAUAACUUCCAUGAAGAUGGCAGCGUUGACCUCGGACAAUCUGAAUUUGGAAAAGACUUGCUUGGUCAAUCGGGAGUUUAACGAGUCCAUCUGUGAAGCGAUGGUGCUGAGGAACAGAACAGGAUACACGGCGAACCAAGAAAUCGAAGUUCAGAAGUUUGUUUCCAUCAUGGCGGCCUGUAAAUUCGCCAUUUUGGGAACCAUACCAAUUUUUUUCAUGCUGUUUAUAGGCUCGUGGAGCGACAGUCAUCAGCGGAGGAAACCUUUCAUACUCAUCCCGAUUUACGGAGAUAUCAUCAGUAGCGUGGGAUGCCUAGUAUGUUCGUAUUUCUUUCUAGAGUUACCAGUGGAGGUAGCGAUCUUCUUUGAGGCUGUACCUUCGGCUAUUACUGGAACUUGGAUUUGCUUUCGCGUAGGUAUAUACAGCUACGUCACUGAGAAUACUUCAAUAGAAAAAAGAACUACAAGAAUGGGAAUAGCGGUUAUGUGCGUCAGAAUGUCCCUCAAUUUGGGAAUUAUACUGAGUGGUAUUUUAUAUAAGAGACUCGGUCUGACUGGCGUUUACAGCUUGUCCAUUUUAAUGUACGUCAUAGCCAUGCUGAAAGGAAGAACAGUCAUAAAAUCGAAGUCUGAGAAUGAAGAAAGGAGUACCGAUGGUAUCAAUGAAAUGAGGGAUUUUUUCAAUUAUAAACAUGCUCUCAGGACAUUGUCCACUAUAUUCAGGAAUAAAGAUAAGAAGAAGAAAUUAGGUUUGAUUCUAUUGCUCACCAUAACAACACUGGAAAUGGGAACGCAAAAAGGCCAGUCAGGUGUUAUCUAUAUGUUUACCAGGAGAAAAUUCACUUGGGAUGAAUUUGAUUUCAGCGGAUAUAAUUCCUUCCAUUUCCUAGUAAAUUUGUCCGGAUCAUUCACCAGUAUAAUCAUUUUUGCGAAUUGGCUGAAAUUAGAUGAUGCUCUGAUAGGAAUGAUCUCGAUGGGCAUGGCUGCUGUCCGUUGCAUCGCUCAAAGUCUUGCACCAAAUGGCUUUUUCUUCUAUUUGGCGAGCUCAGUGGAUAUUUUCUCCGGUUGUCCCCAAAUGGCCUAUAGGUCCAUGUUUUCUAAAAUGGUCUCAUCCGAAGAACUUGGACAGGCAUUCGCUGUUUCUGCCUUAUUCGAAGUAUUGGCCCCAUUCCUCUUUGGAACCAUCUACAGCUUCGUAUAUCACCAAACUAUUCAUAUCCAUCCUGGUUCGUUUUUUAUUUUGAGCGCCUUCCUUCAUAUAUUGUCCUUUUGUGCAUUUUUUUUUCUGUACCUCUUGAAAUACAACAGAUCUAAAGAAGAUAAUGAUGUGAACGAAGAAAGAGGACAGGACCUACGGGAGUAGGAGCAGAAUAAGGGGAGUAAAAUAGUGG